AUGUCCAAAUUCAUUUUCUGUGCAGGAAACAAUUUGUGGGGUUUUCUCAGAACUGGAAGAAUGUUCAAAACACAGCUGCAGGAAUUGUGCCAGAAGAAGAGAUGGGCUUUGCCAUGGUACUCUGCAAUGAGAGACGGCCCAGAUCACAGCCCUCGCUUCAAGGCCUCUGUUUCCAUUGAUGGUCUCACCUUUCACUCUCCUCCUUCAUGCAACUCCUUCAAACAAGCUCAGAAUGAAGCUGCUCAAAUUGCCUUCCGCCACUUCACUUCACCACCUACGAGUAAAGAUUAUCAAAGUCUCUGUAUUCCAGGCUCUGAAGUACCAAGCAAUGACCAUCAUGAUCCAGACGCUUUGAAUUCUGGAAGCUCUAAUGAGGCCCUUCAGGAGGCUGGUUUUCUCAACCGAUCCCUCCAAUUUCCCCCUCUCAAAUCUUUCUUCCUUUUCCAGACAUCCUCGUCUGGUGAAUAUGUACCUGGGUUUUACAAGAAUCUCUUGCAGGAGCUAGCUCAGAGAGAAAGGACCCUCCUGCCGGUUUACAAGACUAUGAAGACAGGCCCCCCACAUCUUCCAGCCUUCAUUUCCUCCGUGGAAGUGGGUGCAGAGAAAUUCCAAGGUGAAGAAGGGAAGUCCAAGAAGGAAGCUGAGAUGAAUGCUGCCAAGGUUGCCUACACCACUUUGAAACUCGCUUCCAAAAAAUGUCCUGCCCCUGGUCCUACUGAAACUGAAGGUUACAAAGAAGAAGUGAAAGAAGUAAUAAACUUGACAGCAGCUGAAGCAGCAAGGAGUUCUGAUGAAGUAGUCACAAAGAAGCCAGAAGCCUCCAAUUACUCCCACUCCCAGCUUGUGAAUCCAGCAGAAAAAAUCCCCUGCCCUUCUUCUUCCAUUGCCAGCCAACAGACGAAAGCAAGGAGUGAGUUGGUCCUAAACAAGGUCAGGGUCUACACCUCAUACCCAGAUAUCGAAUUCCCUCAAGGAGUCACAAUCAUGCCAUUUGGUGAUGACCGAUGGGUUGCUAUCAGGUUGGAGCUCCCUGAUCAACUAGCCUAAUGUCAGCGACAUAUAUUGUC